AGGCUGAAGGCUGCAGCUGGGCAGCAGAUCCGGCUCGCCCCGGCCGUCGUCUUCAUCGUCUUCUCCGGCGAGCGGGGCGAGCUCUACGGCGGCGCCGUCGAGGGGAUGGACGCCCAGUCCAAUUGGAGAGGGGGUACGGCCGCCUCGAGGCUCUCGUACAAGAACGCCACCAUCGCCGUGUGCGCCUUUAACCUCCUCGUUGCUGCCCUCCUCCUUCACAACUACCACUCGUCCUGGACGCGCAUCCCAGGCGGCGACCAGUUCGAUUAUGCUCAGCUUCGGUAUAUAUGGGAAUCAGAAGAGUUGCGUCGUGCUAUGGAACCUGUGGAUUUGAUUAGAAGAGUGAAGGAAAUUGAGCAAGAAGCUUUUGGUGACCACGGCAUGGCAACACAAGAUCCUAAGCAGACCGCUGCUGUUGAUUUAUCAAAUAGGCUGAAAGAUUUAAGGGCAGGGAAUGAUGGCAGCAGCCAAAAAGCCCUUGAAGAAUGGCGUAAACGGAAGAUGGAGCGUGCAAGGCAGCGAGCAAUAGAAAAGAAUGGGACAUCUAGUGCAAAAACACUAUGAAGCGAGAGAAACAUUAUUCAGCACAAGGGAUUUUGUUGAGCUUUGGUGUUGCUGUGGUGUGCAUUCAACUCUGCCUGUUCAGCCUAGUUGAGAGAAGCUGUGGUCUCCGUGUCUCCCUUGAUUGUAAAUUACUUGUAGCACUCUUGUUGUAGAAGUGAAGUUUUAGCAGAAGUUAUUUUCCAUGUUGUGUUUUUUAAGUAGCAUGUAUCGGUAUCAAUUUUGUUUGUAAAAAAAGAGGCUACCUUUCCCCUGCUCAUGUAACAGUUAAAUAUGUACAACAACAUUUAUUGUUUCAAGUCGUGUGAAGAGGUGCAAGAAAUUGCUUCACAUUCUA